AAUACCACCUUCCUUGCUUCCGUGGCCGGUAACGACAACUCCGCGUCCCGCUUUACCCCUUCUUCUCCCCCGUCCGCUCCACCACCCGAGCGACUCCAGACCACGAGCCCCGCCGACGAAGCCGCCGUCGCCAGCCCCCACUCGCGUGCAAGAGGGGAGCGCCCCACUUCCGACAUUCAAGCCGAUCGGAGCGCGAUCCGGCGGGUCGGAGCCCAGCCAUGUCGGGGGUUUUCGGCAGGGUGUUCGGGAAGUCCAAGGAGCAGAGCCAGGCGUCCGCGCUGGCCUCCAUCGACAAGCUCAGCGAGACUCUUGAAAUGUUAGAAAAGAAGGAAAAUUUACUAAUGAAGAAGGCGAAUCUUGAAGUUGAGAAGGCAAAGGCGUUCACCAAAGCCAAGAACAAAAAAGCUGCAAUACAAUGUCUGAAGAGGAAGAGAUUAUAUGAGCAACAGGUGGAGCAGCUUGGGAAUUUCCAAUUGAGGAUUCAUGAUCAGAUGAUAAUGCUGGAAGGUGCAAAAGCUACAACAGAGACUGUGGAUGCAUUGAGAACCGGAGCAUCAGCAAUGAAAGCUAUGCACAAAUCAACAAAUAUUGAUGAUGUUGACAAAACCAUGGACGAAAUUAAUGACAACAUGGAGAACAUGCGGCAGAUCCAGGAUCUACUAUCUGCGCCUAUGGGAGCAGCAAGUGAUUUCGAUGAAGAUGAGCUGGAAGCUGAACUUGCGGAUUUGGAGGGCGAGGAGUUGGAGGCACAGCUACUAGCACCUACCACAAGUGCUCCUAUGACUGCUCCAGCGCGUGUACCUCAGCAGUCGAGUCGGCCCACUGCGCAGAGCAGUAAAACUGAAGACGAUGAGCUGGCAGCUUUACAAGCUGAGAUGGCUAUGUAAUUAGUUUGCAGGACUUGGCGUGGUCAUGUUUAGAGACCAGAUUGUGCAAAUAUAUUUGGGACCACGGUAUUUUCAUGGAGGUCUUCCUGGGAAGACGUCAGAAGUACACACAGAAACUAGUUGCAUCUCACCCUGAUGGCCUCUUAUGUAUAUCUUAUCAUGUUACUUUUGUAAUCAAACAUCUAAGAUGCGCUGUCGAGCGCAUUAUCAGCUAAUAAAGGGCAUCUGCCAUCAUUGUAUA